AACCCAAUUACACACACAGGCUAACGAUUGUGAUGGCAGCCUACCAACAAGAGCCAAAUCAAGCACAGGAUGUGGUACGGUGUAAAAUCUGUGAGAACGAUGAUCAUGUCGAGUACUUCAUGUACUGUAAGAACUGUGGAGAUAAUAUGUGUCCGCAAUGCAAUGAAAAACAUAAGGAACAUUUUACAAACCAUGUGAUUGUUGCGUACAAUGAGAGACAAUUCGCUGGGGAACGCUGCAUGGAACAUCCCUCUCAAUUUUACGAUGCCGGAUGUAAAGACUGCAAUAUACCAGUAUGCCCUGAAUGCAAAAUACAACAUCAUAUCACACAUAAAAAUACAAGUAUUGAGAACGUGUGUAAAUCUGCAAGAAAAAAAGUGGAGACGAAUUUAAAACAGACGGUGACUAGGCAUUAUCGUGUUACUACCUUUAUAAAUGAAGGGACAGAUUUUGGUAACAUUCAAGACUUUAAACAAAUCAAGGAAAAUCUCAAAAUUAGAGCGCUUGAGUUGAAAUCUUGCGUUGAAAAUAUUCUUUCAAAGUCACUCGCGGAGGUUGAAAUGCUUGAAGAGGUACACCAAACGAAUGUUCACAAAUACGUAAAUAACUUAACGAGAGAAAGGGACGAUCUUGAAAAUAGAAUACGAACAUGUACACAUAAUUUGAAAUCAAUGGAUCCAAUUAAGUUAGCUUUUUAUAAAGAGAAAAGAAUGCGGUGGAAUCAAACGGACACGCUCCAAAUAUUAAAAAUCCCACGUUUCAAUCCAAGCCCUUGUAAAGAAAUUGACAUGAUAAGUUUGUUUGGGUUUCUGUCUUACGAAGAAACAACCGUUGGAGAAAGGGAUAAUGUUCCAGCCAGCCGCCCACAAACAGCCGCACCAAGAUUUCUUCGUCAGGAGCAUCAACCAUCGAGAAUCCCUCAAACACACAGAAGUGAUACAAGACGGCCCAACUCUGCCUCUUUCGUGAGCCAUGACAAUUUGAAACGCUUCGCGAUGGGAGUAUGUGAAUCUCCCAUUCUAAUAAAAGAAUUCAAAAGUUGUAUAAAUAUUCUUUUUCAAAUUACAUACAGUGAACAGUUGUCACGCGUUUUCAUCAGUGGUGACAAACCUGCAAUAUAUACAUACAAGAAUUUUCUUGGAGUUCGUGAUGUGGAAUCAAAAUUGGAAGUUCUAGCUGUCUCUAAGGAACCACAAGGACUGGCGAUGGGAUUGACAGGUAACCUUAUUUAUUCAGACGGAUAUAACGGUGUCGUUGAAAUUGAAAAAAACAUUAUUGAUGAUAUCCAACACCAUUCGGUUAUUAAGAUUCAACGUAACGCUCGAAUCAUAUUUAACAAAAAAGGCUACACAACAUGGGGUGUCCAUUGCACAAAAUUUGGAGAAUUUUUAAUAUGCAUAGUGCCCAAUUCUGAAAAAAAUAACUAUGCUGCCGUCGUAAAAAUAACAUUAAAUAUUACACAUUCAAAAAUAAGUUCAGAAUGUGAGUACACGCAUAAAUUCAGUGGAGAACCGUUGUUUUCCAACCCUCGAUUUGUUUGUGAAAACAGAGUGACUAAUGACAUUUGUGUUUCAGACAUUGAUAAGAAAGUUAUUGUUUUAUCUUCAAGUGGAGAAUUCCGAUUCAGCUACACAGGGAUUCUACCGGCAAUUCAAAAAUCAACCUUUACUCCAAGAGGAAUUGCAUGUUCGGGACAGGGACACAUUUUAGUCGCAGAUGUUGAAAAUGAUUUAGUUCAUAUGUUGCAAAGUAAUGGACAAUUUAUCACCCAUAUUCUGUCGUCCAUUUCCCCCAUUUUCCGGCCCUGGGGAAUUUGUGUAGAUGCUGUUGACAGACUUUGGUUGGUAGAAGAAAAAAAAUAUGAAGGUGGUGUCAAAUGCUUGGCUAAAGUAAAGGUCUUUCAAAUCUAUAAAGAAGGUUUAUAAAAAUGCGAAAAGCAAUAAAACACCCAGGAAUAUUAAACCACAACCGGAUUCUCCUCACAUUAGUGCUUCUUAUUUUUUAAAUACACUAAUUUCUUUUGAAAGGGACUACAGCCAGUCAAAAUUUCAAACCGGAUCUAAUACCGUGUGAAAAACAAACUAAAAAACCCAAAGUGCUUUAUAUGAUACUUAAAUGGAUAUAUUUUUCUUCAAGAGUGAAGAUUUUAACCUUGAAAAUAUGGCAUUUUCGUCGAAAUUAAAGAAGGCCCGCAAAUUAAUAAUAAAUAAAACAACCUUUUCUGUAAAAACUGUUUACGCCUAUAUACGAAAUCCUUAUGUAAAUUUUUUUUAUACUUAAUGAAGCAUUUGUGGUGAUCAUACCGUAUCUGUUUUGCAAUUAUUCAUUUCAUCUCAGAUAUGUUUGCUCUACCUUUCCUUUCAUUUAAA